GGCAUCGAGAUACUUAUUCUUGCUGUUACCCAGAAGGAAAAAGCUUUGAUAGGCAUUCUCAGUCAUCUCCUACUGACACUCCUGGAGUCCAGCUGGUUCUGGAGGGCCACUCUACCCUCCCACACCAUACCCAUAAAACAAGAUGCGACUACUACUUGCCGCAAUUACUGCCCUGGUGCUGCAGGCCCAGGUCGUUUGGACACAGGCUCUCACAGAGACGAUCUGGAGUGUUGUCGCCUUUACACUAUAUGGCGAUACCACACCGACUGCUUUCUCCGUGCCGCGCCGAUUGACAUCUCUCGGGGCCCAAGAUUUAUACACGGCUGGUUCUAUCUUCCGCGACAGAUAUGUGGCCUUGAUUUCCAAUGGCAAUCAAUCGCACACGGGAGUUCAAGGGAUAUCCCCCUACAUUCUGAGUGCAGAUCAAGUGAACAUAUAUUCGACUUCGGAUCAGUUUGUUGCUGCCUCAGCUCAAGCAUUUAUCCAAGGGCUUUAUCCUCCUCUUAGCAUAUCAUAUAAUGGCACCUACCUCGAUUCCGCCUCCACUUUGGCCAACGGCUCAGUUGUCAGCUAUCCGCUCAAUGGCUAUCAAUAUGCCGACAUCUAUACAGCAGGCUGGACUGACCCCUAUUCGACCGCAGUGGCCGGACAGACUGACUGCUUCACGCACCAAAUGUCAGAGUGGGCAUACCAGAAUACCCCGGAAUUUUCCCAAAUCAAGGAAGAUACGCUUGGAUUCUAUGCCUAUAUUUACGAACUUGCGCUUACGGGCGUAUACGAUGAGGACCAUGCGAAUUACGAGAACGCUUACGAUAUCUCCGAAUAUCUGGAAUAUUCGUAUUUGCAUAAUUCCACUUUGCAAGAUAUCCUGACUGAAGAGGAUAUCAGUUAUGCAAGAGCGCUCGCAGAUCAGUAUGUCUAUGCGACGAAUGGCAACGUCACAGGAUACGGCCAACGGAGCAACGAUAGCCAGGUUUCGACCAUCGCCGGAAGGACCAUGGUACAGCUCGUCGUGGAUUCCUUCAACUCUAGCAUCCAGGCGCAAGGCUCUGAAGCGAAAAUGUCCCUGAUAUUCGGAAGCUACGAGCCCGCUGUGGCGUUUGCAGCGCUAGCCCAGAUGUCAGAUCUCAACUCCAACUUCUACGGACGUCCAGUUCCCGGUGCUUCGCUCGUUUUCGAGCUGUUCAGUUACGAGAGUGAAUCGAACGUCGAGUACCCCAGUGUCUCCGAUCUCUACGUUCGGUUCCUCCUCCGCAACAGCACUGAUGCCUCAGAGGGCUUUACGUACUAUCCACUGUUUGGCUACAGUCCCAGCCAGAUCGCUGUUCCGUACACAGAAUUCGUGGCGGAAAUUGCUCAGUUCGCCGUAUCCUCCACAGCAGAAUGGUGCGAGAUCUGCGGAAGCGAAGCGAUCUUCUGUUCUGGUUCAGUCCCCUCGGACUCGGAAGAGCGAACCGGCGCCUCGAAGAAGGGACUUAGUCUUGCUGGUGCAGGAGCCAUUGGUGCAUGUGUCACUCUUGUUACUACAGCUUUAGUUGCUGCUGUCGUUCUCCUGUGUGGUUUCCGCAUUCAACGAAAGCAAAGGUCCGCAAUGGGAGGCUUCAAGGGAAAUAAGAAGCUCGCUAGCGAUACCGAUGUGACUUUCAAGAGCCCGUUCGGAGGCGCCAUCAAGACUAGCGAGGCCCAGACGGAAGAAACCCCCAAUCUUGGAGCGACUACCAGAGGUCAUGAGAGACAGGGAAGCUGGGAGCUGGCUCAGCAAAAGAAAGAGACUGAGGCGGAUAAUGCACCCAAGGCCAGUCCUGAUUUUGACCACCAUGAGGAUGAGCAUGUCGAUCCUUUUCAGGACCCGGUCAAGCCGCAUGAGAGCGUCUAGAGGUUGGAAGAGGAGGUUUGGAGGCUUAUGCAGUUGUCAUGUUUUUCUGUCAUAGUAUGGAGAGACGGGAGAGGAUGCGGGAGGCUUUACCUUAAUACUACUUCAGGUAAUCUUUUUGAAUAUAUCAUGAUACCAGCAGACACAGUCCAUCUCCAGAUAGCACAAAGGAUACUUGUCAGCGUGCCUGAAUGUCGCCAGGGUCACUUAGAA